AUGGUCGCUUUCACGAUUGCCGGAGGUUUCUCUUCAACCAUAUCCACGGGCGUCGGAAACGAAGUCCUUCUUGAUGGAUCUAAUUGCGCUUUCAUCAACGUUCAAGACCCUGAUCUUCGCGCUCAGUCCAUACUGGGACCAUACCAAACACGGCAGGCAAACACUGCCAACAACUAUGCUCAGCAGUGCUAUUCAGCUAACAUGUCGGGAAUGUUUGAUUGUGGAACCUUUGUCAAGCCACGGAUCUCUAGCUAUGUGGACAACCAAACGGCCUGUCCCUUUGCCGAAGGCAUGUGUCAAAGCGAUGCGAACCUGCAGCUCGAUACUGGGUACAUUGAUAUUCACGAAACACUCGGCUUGAAUACUCCUUCCAACGAGAGGGUCAUGUUCCGCAGUGUGCUCAAGUGUGCACCUCUUGUGACUGAAGGUUACACCACAUCGGACGGGAACUACACAGUAUACAAUUACGGCCGUCACAAGGGAAAUAAUUACACAUUGAGAGCAAGAAGCUCUGAUGCCCAGUACACGACAAGUGGAAACGAGUUCAAAUUAGUUUCUCUUUUGACCUAUGUCGUCAAUGGUACUAUCUUUCCUUCGGGAGACAAUUUUACACCUAAUACUGGCCUCUCGUCACCAGAAGGCGACCUGGUGCUCACGUUCCUACUUGGGGACGGAAUCAAGUUUCUGGAGAAGGCUGACGACCCAUGGUACCGGGUGAAUACACCCGGACCAAAUAUUACCACCAAAGUUGAAUUCAUGACCUAUAAGAUGGAUGAACCCGCCUCGCCCUUGGCUUGCCUUCGACAGUACCAAUUCUGCAAUCCUGCUCUUCCAGAAGAAGGCCGCUGCGGUCCGCUGAGAGGCUUUCUCGACGCACAGUUCCAGGCCGCGCCGUUAUUCGACAUUACAUACGAUCAGAUGGUUAACAUGACAGUUGAACAGAUGGCGACCAACGAUUUCCCGCAGACGCCUGCUGCUGCGCGAUAUGCUUGGCUUUUGAUGUUCCUGGCGCUGCAGGUCCCUUCACCGGCUACCCUGGUCGAUAUACUCGGGCCGAACACGCUGACCUCCCAGCAAAGUUUGACUCGAUCCUCGGGCAUUAUCGGCAUGAUACCAAGUUACCAGUGGCAACUCGACAUUCAGAAUUUGUGGGCUAUUUACAUGGCCUCUCUGCAGGCAGGCACAGUCAACAUUGCCUAUGGUACACACAGCCCGGCGCUGAAGCCGUACGAAAUCCCGCCAUCCAAUUCCCACAUGCAGAAGCUGUGUGAAAGCCAAAAAAUACUCAGCAGCAUCUACACCUCAUUCAGUGUGUUUGGUCUAUGCAUUAUUUAUGUCAUUGGAUUUCUGAUAGUCUUAAUUUCAUACCUGCUAGAGCCUAUUCAGGCCUGGCUGUAUCGUCGACACAACCUAAAGGAGGACGCCUACCUCGAAUGGAUAGCCGACGAGACUCUUCAACUGCAGAGAAUGGCUUACCAAGGCCUCAAAUCUGGCCAUUGGUCUCGUUAUACAGACCAAAUUCCACUGACGGAAGCGGGCGAGACUCUGGCCGAUCUGGCUCGAAGCUACCCAUUGGAAGAGAGGAACAAGAAGCCCGACGUCGAGCAGGGAUAUUCGACUGAGAAGCCGGAUGGCACGACAGUUAUCACAGUGGAGGUAUCGACUUCAACGCUUGUCGAAUCGGACGCGGGUUCUACGAUACCGUGCGAUGACAAUCCCCAAGCGGACAUGCCUGGUGUGGGAGAGAGGCAGACGGCGGCGAUCGUUUCCCCCGCAAAUGUGCCGGGAGAUGACAGCUUUCAACCGCCGGCUGUCCCUGAUAUGAAAGCGAAUCCUCGACGGCCUGCAUGUGAAGCAUCUAUGGGCCUCGAAAAACCAAGAUCAUAA